UAAUAACAAUAAGUGUGUAUAUAAAUACAAAAUACUCGGAAAUGUUGAAGCCGCAAGCAAUUAAACCGUAUGAAACAUUAAUAUAAAGCAUUUGCAGCUGACUGUGUACAGCGGCAAAUGACAUUGGAGCUCACUUGCUGAAACCACUUGUGGCAGAACUGAUUCGCGGUUUAGUAAGUGCCCUUGGGCCAGCGGAAGUGCGAUGAAUACGCUGGUGCAGGACAUUAAAAACAAAUACUCCUUUUUGGAUAAUCUCUUCAGUCACGUAUGGAAGUCUAUUAUUAAAUCGAAUUUAAAGCUCAAGCAACAACUGCGCAGCAUACACUGGAAGAACGCCAAAGCUAAGCCUGGCUGUGCCUAUCAGCCCACUGAGAUCGAGCAGCUUGCCAAUGUGAUUACGCAUGGAAUUUGGAUAGUGCCUGCCCUAUUUGCGGCCAUCAAGCUCUUUGAGCGUUCCUAUAACUCUAGCCAGUAUUUGGUGGCUUGGAUCUAUGGCAGUGCUCUCUGCAUGCUCUUCACAGUGUCCACCUUCUUUCACUGCUCUUGCUACUGCUGCGAACACAAGCCGCCAGCCAACUACAAGUCUUGGCCACCAUUCAGCUGGCAGACCCACCGGGGAUUGAAAAAUGUGCUGCAUAGGUGUGACCGUGCCAUGAUCUAUGUCUUCAUAGCGGGCUCAUACUUUCCCUGGCUGACGCUGGAGAACACCAAUCACUCGGCCCUACUCUUUUGUAUGGAAUGGAUAAUUUGGCUAAUGGCCGCCGUUGGCAUUGCCUACCAGCAGCUUUACCACGAGCGCUACAAGUGCUUGGAGACGUUCUUUUAUGUUCUCAUGGGCCUGGGUCCUGCGCUCGUUGUUAUGUCCAGCGGACACCACUUCAAUGGCAUGGUCCAGCUCAAGUACGGCGGAGCCUUCUAUAUACUCGGUAUUCUCUUUUUCAAAUCGGAUGGCUUAAUACCAAUGGCGCAUGCCAUUUGGCAUCUGUUUGUGGUACUCGCGGCUGGCUGUCAUUAUUAUGCAAUAUUAGUACACCUGUAUCCAAAUGAUUCCAAUACUUAAACUUGCCCGGGUGCAAGUGUAGAGUCACAUAUGUAGUUCACAUUUACAACGUUUUGAAUGUUAUAUAUGAUUUUAUCUUUAAGUUUUUUGGCUUAAGGUGUUUUAACAUCUAAAACGAAUUCCUUCCUACCAUCCCACAACAUACAUAAGUUACUACUCCGAUUUUAGCCAAAUUUUCUCAAAUCAUAUAAUAUUAUGUAUACAAGUUGAUUUGUCGAAUUUAUUUUUUUCCUUAUGUCAAUGUUUCUUUACGGAUUUAU